GUCAGCCUAAGAAUACCUGUUUCUGCUUUUUCGGGGAUCAAUAUAGAAGUUACACAAUUUACCCUGUAUGACCUGAGUCUGUCGGGAGGUAAAAUAGAAGGUGGAUUGGAUUUUCCAAGAAUCUUCUCCGGUUCUAAUGAAUUGGCUCAUCUAUAUAAUGUCUGGGGCACUGGGCAGAAUCUGCUGCUUGCACCAGAGUGGGGCAUGGAGAUAUGUGCAAAGCUUCUGUCAGCCUUUGGACAGAUGUUCGUUCCAUAACAUUAACAUUUUGCAAGCGGCGCUUCACACCUCUUCUGCAGUCUCUGCAGGACACAACAAAUGGUCUAAGGUGAAACAUAUAAAGGGACCAAAGGAUGAAGCUAGGGCUCGCCUUUUUGCAAAGCUUUCCAUGAUGAUCAAAGUUGCUGUUAAAGAGGGAGGACCCAACCCAGAUAUGAAUGUUAACCUGUCCAACUUGAUUGAGCAGUGCAAGCAGAAAAAUAUGCCCAAGACCUCCAUUGAGGCUGCUAUAAAAGGAGCAGAAAAGGCAAAACCUUCUUCCUACGCACUUUAUGAGGGAAGAGGGCCUGGCGGCUCUUCCCUUCUGAUAGAGGCCCUCACAGACAAUAACAGCCGUUCAUACACAGACUUUAAAAGCCUCAUGAGUAAAAAUGGUGCUGCCCUAAGUGAUGGUGCUCGACAUUUCUUUGAUAAAAAAGGAGUAGUAACAGUGCAGUCAUGUGACAAAAAUGGCGCCCCUCUACAUUUGGAACAAGCACUAGAGCUGGCUAUUGAAGCAGGAGCGGAGGAUGUGAAGGAGGUGCUAGAUGAAGAGGAUAAAGGAGUGUACAAGUUUAUUUGCGAGGUACCCUUUCUGCGGGAUGUCCACUCCCAGUUGACUGCUCUUGGGUUGGUUCUAGUAUCCUCUGGACCAGAAUUCAUCCCUAAUACCACAGUACAGCUUUCAGAUAGUGACAUGGAGCUGGCGUCUCAGCUUUUGGAGAUAGUGAACAAUCAUCCGGAAGUAAUGCGAGUUUAUGACAACAUUGAAUAGAGUGCGCUAUUCAAGACAGAUAUUUGCAAAAUAAAUAAGUAUCACAACAAACAGUCAUUAUAACACAGUUAAAAUAAAUGUGGUAGAAUAGAAACUUCCAAUUUGAAAAGGGAAACUUCAAAGUAAAGGUCUCCAAAUGACAAGAUACUCAAUAUCUCAAGAGAGGUUUUGAAACACAGAGGGAUAGUAAAGUUAUACAAAGCUAUACAUUGUUGCAAACACUGCUGCCAAAGAGUACAAAAGACAAGUGCGCAGCCCUGAGUUACUAUGGACCUACCUAGGUUUACUCUUCAACAAGAGAUGCUAAGAGCACAAAGCAUAUAUGAUCAAAUUAGUAAAUUGAAAAGUUCUUUAAAAUUGCAUGUUCUAUCUGAAUCAUGAGAUUUUAAUUUUGACUUAAUUUUCCUUUUAAGUUCAUACUUAUAGAAUUUAUGUGGAGUGUCAUCUGUAUACAUAACACCCUAGUGACUAUGUGUGAUGUUGUUUUUAAUACAUUGUAAUACAUUUAUAUUUUAUCCACCAAAAUGGUUUGGAAAUGUUCUUGAUUGGCUUGGGAUUUGUAUAUAAAGUACUUGUCUUAGAGCUAAAGUAACCUUGUCUGGGUUGGAUUGCUGUUUUCACAUACAGGGUUAUACUUUGUAUACUGUUUAUUUCUAUUGAGGAUUUGAGAAGAUUGAAGCUGAAUCAGAGUAUCAAAUCAUUUGAAGACAUCUAUCCUUUAAUCAUUUUCAAACUGGAAGUUUUUACUUUGAUUUGGAAGUUUCUACUCUGCCACAUUUAUUUGCAGUUUUAAGUGCAGAGUGAUUAAAGUUAUUGUAAAGUUUAAAGAAUGACAGUCCAAUAUCUAAAAAUACUCUUAAAGGGACAGUCAUUUUAGAGAUUUUACCCCUUAAGUUGCACUUACCUGGUCUCCUCUCCAGGCUCUUCUGAUCAUGUCUUCUUUUUCUUUUUCAAAAGUGCUUUGCGGAGCACCCGAUUGCGCUAUUGAACUGAAUGUAGUUCACUACCAGACCGGAGUGGGAGUGCGCUACAUUCAAUUCAAUAGUGCGAUUGGGUGCGCCCAUGAAGCACUUUUGAAAAAGAUGACAUGAUAAGAAGAGUCCUGAGAGGAGACCAGGUAAGUGCUGUCGCUAAAAUAAUGUUACAUAAUUCUGCACUAUGUGCAGAAUUAUGUAACAUUAUUUUUUACAUUUACUGUCCCUUUAACAGUAGCACUUUGAUUCAUUAAACUUUACAAACACGCUUUUUUUAAAAAAAAAUACCAUUUCUUUAAGGUAAACAGACAGCCUAUCCUACGCUCCCUUCUCCAACUGUUUUUGGAAAGAUCAAUGACGAAUCUGGCUUCCUUCAAUCGUUGCGUGCCCCACGAGCUGGACGCCAAUGGGGCCACGCAACGAUUGGAGGAAGCUGGAUUCGUCAUUGAUCUGCAAAAUACAGAAGGAGAAGCGGGCGGAGGAUCGUCUGUUUACCCUAACAAAAAGGUAAGUAUGAAUUAAAGUGCCCCUGUUUUUAAGAGUAAUUUUAGAUACUGGGCUUUAAUUCUUUAAACUUUACAAUACCUAAUAUCAGCAGAUAUUUGCCAAAUAGAACAGUACAGUGUUUAACUUUGUGAUUGGCUAAAGCUCUCAUGCUACAUAAACCAACCAUUUCUGUCAGGCUUUGUUUUCUGGUAUCACAAUAAUGUAUUUAUUGUUUUGGUCUUAUACUGCUAGUUCUAACUAAUAAAUAUGUAAAUACAUUUA